UUGGGAGAAGGAAUGGGGAAAAAAUAUCUUGGUUCCCAAAACAAGUGAUGGAACUGCUUCAAAUGAUUCCUAUAAUGUUAGUGAGGGUGUUGUUCUUGGUGGAAGGGUCUUUGGUGUUCAGUGGAGACCUCAAACUGGCAAUUCAUUUCCAAGCCAAAAUGAAAUGGGUCAGUUUCGAGGAAGACCUAAGAUUGCUCCUAAUCAGAGGGAGAAGUUUCUUCAGAAACUCCAACAAGUACAAUAACAAAAUUCACUCUUAUCAGCAAGGUCAUAGUAACCUUCUUGGUGCACCAAUUCUUCCUGGUGCAAGUCACAAGCAAUUUACUGCACAACAACAAAAUUCACUCUUACAGCAGGUGAUCUCUUCCAAGGAAGCACAACUAAUAGACAAUGUUGCCGUUAAUCCUUCUAGUAAUGCAGAGGACUGAGGUUAUCCAAUUCAUUUCAUAAAUCCAAAGGGUGAUGUUAGUGAAGAUUCAAGUACAACAGGCUCCUUUGACCGAUCUGGCAUGGAAUCAAGUGUUAUAGAAGAACUAGAGUCUCAAAGUUUGAAGAUGAUGAACCUCAACCAGUUGUCGGCGAUCCUCCUGAAACUCAUUUUUCGAGUGUCAUUAAGAGGACAAUCAGUUUGAAUGGCAUUCCCUCUAACAAUGAUUUCAUAUUGCGUGCCAUUGAACAGCUUAAAAAUGUUGAAGAAGAUAUGGUGAUAUUCCUAAGGCUUUUGAUAACAGAGAGUGAAAGCAGGAAGAUAACUAAAAAUGCACAACAGAUACUUGAAGUGCUCAAGGAUCUACAAAGGAUAAGAGAAAGGCAAUUUAUCCAGAUUAACUCUCUAAUAUUUCUUAAAAAUGAUGAAGAAGAUAUGGUGAUAUUCCCUGUAAAAUCUCUCUACAUUCACAGGUAUCCAUGUGUGAUCCACUGUUUGAGGAAUCUCUACUGCAUUUCAGUAUGGCAUUCUUGUCUUCCACCAUUUGAUUGUUUACAGGGCCAUGUAUGUAUUGGUUGUGAGCCAUACUCCCUGCUCGUCUUGCCUGGGCAACACAAAAAAGAAGAAUGUGUUGAGAAUGUUGCUCUGAACUAGGAUGUUGACUAUUCAUUGAAGAGUCUGCUACACUGAUCCUCUUGGUAUAGACCAACGGCUGAUUGGAUGGAGAAGCUGCAAUGUGAUUGGAUGUUAACCGUUUUUAAUUAAGAUUUCUGUUCUUCACUUUUAGUCCUUAUGUACCUUUUGUGUGCUACCUUGCUGGUGAAGCACAUUACUUUGUUGUCUUUAAAUUCAGUCUUCUAGUCAAUGUUUCAAGUAAGCUUAAUACAAGAAUAGCUUCAGUUACUUUGUUCUAUUAUCCACUACCUGAAUUCUGAACAAUCCUUGUAAAACUUACUUAGUCUUAUCUCCUUCUUUUGUCUAACAGUGGUAUCAGAGAACU